CGGAUUAAUUAAAAAAAAAAAAACCUGAAACAGGCGAAACCCUCCCUCAUUACUCGCUCCUCCUCCCGAAGAUUCAAAAGGCAGCCAAAAAAAAAUCUACACCCAUCUCCUUCCCUCCAAGAGAGAAUCGAAAAUUUUCCCAGGCUUGAUAAUUUUCCCGAGAAAAGUUUCCUGCAUCGCCGGCCGUCGACAUUCCACCCCCCUCCACCGCGGCUUCUCCGCCUGUGAUUUGUUCUGUUUUCCAGUUAUAGGUCCACAAAAUGUCAGUUGUCAAGAAUGGUCCGUUAGGUCAGGCUGAGACAACUUGUGGAUCCCUUUUAAACGAGUUGCAGAUCAUCUGGGAUGAAGUUGGCGAGUCUGAUACCGAUCGGGAUAAGAUGCUAUAUGAACUUGAGCAAGAAUGUCUCGAAGUAUACAGAAGAAAGGUGGAUAAGGCAAACCGGAAUAGAGCUCAGCUAAGACAGGCAAUUGCUGACUCCGAAGCUGAGCUUGCGGCAAUAUGUUCUUCAAUGGGAGAGCGACCAGUACACAUUAGGCAGGCUGAUCAAAGCACUGGAAGCCUGAAGGCAGAACUUGGAACAAUUCUCCCACAACUUGAGGAGAUGCGUAAGCGGAAGGUUGACAGAAGAAAUCAGUUUCUUCAAGUUCUUGAAGAGAUCCAGCACAUUUCAAAUGAAAUAAAUGAAAUAGCUGAUGGUGCUUCUGUAGAUGAAAGUGACUUGUCCCUGAGGAAGCUGGAAGAGUUGCACAGAAAGCUCCAUGCACUUCAAACUGAGAAGAAUGAUCGCUUGAAGCAGGUUCAGGAGGCUCUAGAUACCAUAAACUCAUUUUGUGUAGUGCUUGGUAUGGAGUUCGAGCAAACAGUUGCUGAGAUUCAUCCACAAUUCGGCAGUGCUGAUGUAUUAAAGAGAAUAAGUAACGAAUCCAUCAAAUGUUUAGCAACUGCAAUUCAUAGAUUGCGAGAGGUGAAAUUACAAAGAAUGCAGAAGCUUCAAGAUCUUGCGACUGCUAUGUUGGAGCUGUGGAACUUGAUGGAUACCCCUAUAGAAGAGCAGCAAGCAUUUCAGAAUGUAACAUGCAAUAUAGCUGCUGCAGAACAUGAGAUAACUGAACCAAACACCCUCUCUAUGGACUUCCUCAAUUUUGUUGCAACAGAAGUCUCCCGAUUGGAAGAGUUGAAAGUUAGCAAGAUGAGGGAGCUAGUUCUGAAAAAGAGGGCAGAGCUGGAUGAAGUCUGUAAGAAGACACAUAUGGUCCCCGAAGCAAAUGUAGCAAUAGAUUGUGCAAUUGAAGCCAUAGAGUCUGGACAAGUAGACCCUGGAAGUCUCUUGGAGCAGAUUGAAUUUCAAGUGGCUAAUGUGAAGGAAGAAGCUUUUAGCAGGAAGGAAAUUCUUGACAAGGUUGAGAAAUGGAAAGCUGCAUGUGAGGAGGAAUCCUGGCUUGAAGAAUAUAAUAGGGAUGAUAAUAGAUACAAUGCUGGAAGAGGCACUCAUUUAAUUCUCAAGCGUGCUGAGAAAGCUCGUACUUUAGUCACGAAAAUUCCAGGCAUGGUGGAGGUUUUGGCUUCAAAAACAAUGGCAUGGGAAAAAGAGAGGAGCAUAGAAUUCUUAUAUGAUGGUAUUCGCCUUCUUUCCAUGCUCGAAGAGUACAGCAUACUAAAACAAGAGAAAGAGGAAGAAAAACGUAGGCAGCGGGAUCAAAAGAAGCUGCAGGGACAACUAAUAGCAGAACAAGAGGCUCUCUAUGGAUCAAAACCAAGUCCAUCCAAGAACCUAAGCAUGAAAAAGGGCUCUCGAGUUUCAACAGGAGGUGCAACCAAUCGAAGACUGUCCGUUGGAGGAGCAAUGCCACAAACUCCAAAACUCGACAAGACCCUCUCUAGCAGAACAUUGAAUUGCCGGUCUGCCAAGAAGAUCAACAACCACAAUGACUCCCUAAGUCAGUAUCACGAUGAUACGUUCUCUAACUUAUCUGCUGAUGAUAUUAGUGAAACCGACUUCUAACGGCUCACCAAUCUUCAUCGGGUUCAGCAUAAAUCUUCACCUGGGUUCUUCAUUCACAGUUUUCUCGGUAGGAGAGGUCUGGAUAUAGCUGGUCUGCCCAUGAAAGCUCAGUCAUUUGGCACUGCAAAUGGCCGAGAACCAGAUCCAGCAAUGCUGCUGCGCAAGCCAUUUUCGCCCAUCUCUACCACAAAAUCAUCCAAAGCUAAUUUGUUAGAAGAGCCAGCCAGAGCAGCUCAUGGAUGUGCAUUCAAGAAGAAUGACCAGUUGUUCAUGACUCCUUCAAAGACCACUACCACAACCACUGCUUACCUUGCUGAGGAAGAAAACAGAACUCCUAGGGUACUACCACUGUCUGCCAUGACACCCUCCACGGUGUCAGUACCGAUGCAAACAGCCAUGACUCCAGCAGCGCCAGUUCAUUUUGGUGGUUUCAAGUCAGUGGUUGAAGAGACGGUUGCUGAAGAAAUCGAGUACUCAUUUGAAGAGAGGAGAGCUGGGUUCGUUCUUCCUCACACGGCACAUGUGAAGUCACUGAUUCCAGUUUGAUUAAAAAUUAGGUUCCCUUUUAGGUAGUGAAGACUCGGCUUUAUCUGCCUUUAUAGACUUGCUUGGCGUGUGCAAGUUAAGAUUGUAACUGGUUUCUGGAUAGUGUAUACUAGUCCACAAGAAAUGUGGACGAGGACCAGACCCUGUGGUCUGUGGAAAUGCGAGUUUCCUUCAAUGCUAGUUGAAUCUGUUGUUUCAAGAAGAGAAUUAAAACAAUAUGGCAUUGCGGCAUGUUUGUCUGCGGAAGAGAGACAUUUUCAUUGGGCGUUGUGAAGAAAGUAGCAAGGGAAAAAGGAGUUGCAGAAGAACGAGAAGAAGUCAAGAAAACGACGAAGGAAAAGAUGGGUUCUUUUGUAUAAAGCGAUUCGUUAGUUAACUUCUCAGUCGCACUCCGGUCCUUAUUAACUUCUUCAAGAUCAAGGCUUUU